UGCCAUUGCAGACGUCUAAAGAAGACCACAAAGAACACAAAUCCGAUUACAUAGACAACCAACUGCUAAAAGCGAAUAACUAUACCAUAAACAAUGAUAUAUUUGGCCGAAACCAAUAUAUAAUUAAUGGUAUAGUGUUUAAGGAAAAUAUCAAAGUUGGUAGAUACAGAGAGUUUGAGCUGUAUAAAUUAAAAAUGGAUGAUUAUGCAGAUUCUUCCGGUGUGUCAAUAGAUGAUGACACCCAUCUCCAACUAACCCUGGAGCUGGUCCCAAACGGCUUCAUAAUAAACUCUAACGUGUUCCUCACCCAUCAUCAGUGGCACACCAUCUAUCUGGUGUCCGAGAACUUCUGCCGCUGCGCCGUAUGCGAGGUCUACUGUGAUGCCACAGAUCAUAUUGGUUGUAGCCAGCAUGUUGCUAAUAUGCAGAGAUAUAAGCCGCUUCACAAGUAUGAUUUGACUAUUACUAGAAAGAUCAACAACAACUACCAUUGCGGCGUCUGCAACGCAAUAUUCGACCAAUCGCAGAAAACCGUACAUUACUCGAGCAAAACACAUGAGGACAAGCUCCUAUUCGCCAUCAACAGAGUCUCGGACAUUAUGUACGAUUUCAACAUUCACAACAAUAAUAAUAAUGAGAAGAAGGAUUCAUACUAUUUCAACGUUAAGCAUAACCAUAACCAUCAAAACGCAUACAUGUUAGAUGAACCGAAUGAAACUCCAGAAGAAUACAGCGAAGAGAUUGAGAUUUUAGAAAAAAGAAAAUAUAGUUAUAAUGAAGAUGAUUGGUAUCCGUUGAAUUAUAAUGAGGAUUAUAGUGAUGAUGAUUAUGAGCCGCACCAGAGUUUGGAGUUUUCUUAUGCGUCUAUGGCCAAAAAACCGAAGAGUGAGGAUUUGCCUGAAGUUUUAGAGGUAGAUUUAGGUAACAAGAAAGUGACAGUGAAAUUCAACUCUUGGAACAUGCUGAUUCGUCCAAUGGCCAACCGUUUCUACUGUAUGGCCUGUAAGGAGCUCGGUCACAUCAGGAACAGAUCGGAACAUUGCAAGAGCGAAGGGCAUACAGCCAGACUCAACGAGUGUACUGUGGUCGACGAGUAUGAGAAAUACUUUGUAAGACAGGUCGACGACAAAUGCUACCAUUGCGGCCACUGCAACAACCUCCAACUCAUCAACGUGAUGGAAGACCACAUCCGCUCCGUCCACACUCACCCCACCACCGUUUCUUCUCUCCUCGACUCACCCGCUAAAAAAAUCAUACAUUCCACACCCAACAAAGCCAAAACAGAUACAAAUGAUACAGCAAAAAAAGAAAAUGAUGGACAAAUAGCUAUUGGAAAUGAAACUAAAAUAAUCAAUCCAGCGAGUGUGUUUGAAGGCCUUAGAGCAGCUAAUAGUAAUUUUGAUGAUAUUGUCAUCUGUACGUUCGGUAUAUCCCUUCGUAUGUCGAAGCUGGCGUUUAAUAUAGUGUGCCAGGGUGAAAACGAUUAUUACUGUGGACUCUGUGAAGUUAAUAUAGAUAAGGAGAGAUUGAAGUUUCAUGUGAACGAUGUGCAGCAUUUGACCAUGUUGCAGCGGACGCCUUUUAUACAGGCGUUUAAUGUGCAUUUGUUUAGAGAGAUUCGCGACGCCCUUCACUGUGGACUAUGCAACGAGCUCAUACAAAUCAUGCCAGAAUUUAUUAUAAAACAUAAAUACCUCGAAAAACAUAUUGUAAGCCUGCACAGAGCUCUCGGCUAUUUCAAAAAUGACAAUACACUUACGGAGGCUAAAAAUGGUACAAAUAUUCGUAAUGGUACUGUAGCUCAACCUAAGCCUGUAGCUGUAAUUCCUAAAUUAGCCACUGCAAAUGUAACAAACAAAAAUGUAGUUAAUAAUAAUGUGACUAGUGUUAAUGGUGUCAAAGAAGCAGCUAUUACAAAUAAUAAUGUGGCCUUAAAUAAUAUACCAUUACCAAAUAUAGUUAAUAAGAAAAUUGUACCAAUCGCCAAUAAGAAUCUCACUAUAACAACAGUUAAUAGUAACAAGAAUGAUGUUGCUGUUAAUGCAAAUAAAAUAGAUGCAACGAAAACUGUGCCAGUAAAUGUCAAAAAUGGACCAAAACCUGCUAAAGAAAGCAAUACAAUUAAAUUAAAUGUAAAUACAACUAAUAAUGUACAAGUAAAUGUUAAAAAUGGACCAAUUGCUGCUAAAGAAAGCAAUACAACUAAAAUAAAUGUGGAUACCGUUAAAAAUGUGCCAGUAAAUGUUAAAAACGGACCGAAUAAAGAAAACCUACAAGAUACGGACAACAUCGAAGCAGAUAUACCACAAUUAGGAACUGAAGAGUUCGUAACAGUCAAAAACGGUGUUAAAGAAGAUAUUUCCGAUGAAUUGGACGAUUCAUACAUUGAAGAUUUCGAUCUCGAAGAAUAUGUUUAUAUAAAACUGGGUAAUAGUUAUAUAAAGAUAACUAGUACGGCGUAUAACUCGCUAGUGGAUGUCGGUGAUGGGAGUAAAUACUGUUUUGUGUGUUCGUCCGUGGUGUGUGAGUUUAGUAAGCAUGUGGAAAGCAGGGGGCAUACGGAGAAUAUGGAAAAAUUUAAAUUUGUUGAUAAGUACAAUGAAGAUUUGAUGAGACAGUUCUACCUAAUGUACCACUGCAGUAUCUGCAACGUGGUCAUCACCAGAAAGCAUCUCCACCAGCACCUCUCCUGGCCCACCCACGCCCUCCAAGUCGAAAACACAAAGAUAUCCUCCAAAAAACGCAAAACGGAAAUCAAAACGGGCACCAAACAGAUCACAGUAGCUACACAAAAAGAAAACAUAUAUCUGAACGAAAAAGAGACUGCUAUAAAGAUAUUUAAAAAUAUUACUAUUGAAAAGGAAAAGAGUGAAGUUCAGAGAAUGAAUAAAAUAGUGAUUUUCAAUGAUAAUGUGUUGAAAGUGCCUUUUGAUUGUUGGCACAGUUUUAGUGAAAUAGCUAAUGGUUAUAGAUGCAAAGUGUGCCGAAGCGAGUUUGAAAGUAAUGAGUUUGGCUUGCAUGUGGGUAGCGAGUGGCAUAAGGGGAAUUUGGAGAAGAUUGAGAAGCAAUAUUCUCCGGCGCUUAUAAGAAAGAUAAACGACACAACCCUGAACUGCGUGAUGUGCAACACGGAGGUGUCCAAUAAAAAGCACAUCGUCGCCGAACAUAUCCAGGGCAAGAAACAUGUCAAACAAUACGAAAAUAUGCUUAAAGAGAGUUCCGGGGCCAACAGCUAUUCCGAUUGUGACCAAGAUGUCGUUAUGCUGUAAAUUAAUACCUGUUUAAAAAAACACCAUAUUAUAUUUAAUAAAA